AGAAACAUUUUCGGCUCUCAGCUCCUAUCCAAGCACCUUAGCUUUUGCACCGGCAUCAUUUCAUCAUGCCUCAGAUGUCUAAGCUUCUUCUGGGCAGCGCUGCAGUGGCCGGCACUUGGGCCUUCGUGGCUCCCACACCUGCAACUCGUGAUUCUCAGUUGAGGGGUGCCCCGCACCGUGCCACAGGGACCAGCGCCGCAGGCAACACUUCCGGCAGCUUCGGUGCCACUGCUGCAGUGGCCGCACUGGGUGCUUGUGGAGUAGCUUCCAUGCGCCGCGCUGGAAAGCAGCAGAGGAAAGCGGAUGAUGAUGCUUAUGGUGCCAGCCACACAUCAUUCUACACUGAUGCGGUGGCCAAGGACAAGUAUGACACGUUGGAGGAGGUGUUGGCUGAGAAGCUGAAGGAUGACAAGUUGAAGGGGAUGGUGAACGAGCUGCUGGAUGCGUGUGUGAAGAUUACGGAGGCCUUGCGCAUUAACCUGGUGACAGUGAAUGAUGCCUCCAAUGCUUUUGGAGACAGGCAGCUCACUGUGGAUGUCAUUGCCGACAACCUUCUGUGGGAUUUGGCCAAGACUUCCAAGAAUGUUUUUGAGGCAUCUUCAGAGGAGGAGCCGGAAAUUGUGAAGACCAAUGCGGAUGGUCAGUAUGUCCUGUGCUGGGAUCCCUUGGAUGGUAGUUCCAUUGUGGACAACAACUGGGCGGUGGGCACCAUCAUUGGUGUCUGGGACAAGUCCACAGGGCUGAUUGGUGCCACGGGACGUGACCAGGUCAUGAGCAUUGUGACGCUCUACGGGCCACGCACCACGGUCUUCAUCACUUUGGACGAUGGCGUCUACGAGUUCACGCUGGGAGAUGGAAACAAGUGGAUUUGCUCCAGGGACAAGAUUUCCAUCAAGACCGAGUGCAAGAUCUUUGCCCCUGCAAACAUGCGCGCCGCCCAAGAGGUUGAAGGUUACAACAACCUCAUCAAUCACUACAUGACCAACAAGUUCACCUUGCGCUACACUGGUGGUUUGGUGCCCGAUGUGUGCCAGCAAUUCACCAAGGGUCAAGGCGUUUUCACCAACCCAACAUCCAAGGCCUCUCCUGCAAAGUUGCGCCUGGCCUUCGAGGCGGCCCCAUUCGGGCGAUUGGUGGAGAUGGCUGGAGGGAAGACCUCGGAUGGUGUCUCCGGCAACAGCGUGCUGGACAUGAAGAUCACAGCAGUUGAUCAGCGUACCGCGCUGGCAAUUGGCUCCGCUGCAGAGGUGGAACGCUUCAACCAGAUGGUUUUGCAGAAGUAGGCAGGCCAAGGAACGCGUCUGAAGUGCCAGUUCUCAGCCACGGAUGGCGAAUUUUCCUGAUAUCCCGAGCGCAGCCAUAGCUACUUAGAUUUACUUAGUAUUGUUGGAUGUUGCUCUUCUGUGUGCCAUGUCGUUGACCUUUCUCAGCAGGUUAAUUUUGCUGCGUCCACUGCGCUCUAGCCACUGAUCUCUUUUUGUAGAACAUAACAAAUAUAAAGCCGUUUCAAAUCCAUGUCAUGGGCUGCAGCGCUCUCAAAAAGGUGCGAGGCAGUUUGGGAUGCUGCUGUCCCGUUCUUGUUUGGCUAUGCAACGUGCGAACCGACCAAUGCACAAAAGGAAGAUAGUGCAUGGUUAUAUAAAACUGUGUCGAGCUUUGGGCAGGUUUGGGUGCACAGUAUUCAUUACAUGUUUUACACUGUCCAUUUUGGCUCAAACCAAAAGUGGGACAGUGGAGUUUCUGUUCUGCUUGAUUUUUGCUGUGUUUGCUGUGG